GCCAUGUCAUCCCCGCCAUCAUCAACAGCAUAAUCAUCAUCAUAGGCAUAGGCGCAGGCAUAGGCACCAAACCUCUCCCUCCACGCUCGCUCAUUCGCUCGCAAGCAUGGACGCAUCCACGCCAUCAUCAUCGUCAACACCGUCGGCCGGCCCGACGACGUCGACGUCAAAUUCGCCCUCGCCCUCGCCCACGCUCACAGGCAUGGACGUCACCCCCGCUCCACGCCGAAGGGCACGACGCCUCUCGCGCACUUCAUCACAGGGCAGCUCAUCCUCAUCACACCGCGCCCGCCCAUCCAGCGUCGCCUCCAACAGCAGCUCCAACCGCUUUGCCGUAUCCGCUUCCUUGCUGAGCCCCUCGCUCGCAUCCGCCCUCGGCAUCGGUGUCGACGGCAAUGCUCGCAGCGGCAAGUCGCACAACUCCAGCAAUGGCUUCUACGCGAAUGCGCACAGUGCCAGCUGCACCUCCCUUACAGGCAUGGCGCCGCAGUAUCAACACCACUACCAUCACCGCGCACCUCGCCCGCGUGGGGGCAGUGACUCGGAUGAACGCCGGCCUAGCCUGCCCAAUGUCUUACUGGCCGCACGCAGGAUGAGCGUCGUAUCCGUCGCGUCAUUCGACAGUCUCGCCGAGGAGGAUCAGCAGCAAUCCGCCCUCAUGUUGCCCCCGCCUUCAUUGCCCGCAAAAGCGCCGGGAGUCGUAGUCUCUCCGCCCACGUCGCCCACCGCGGCAUCGAGCGCCAGCGCGAGCGCACGCCGGACAACGCUGAAGCGCGCCCUGACCUCGCCCUCUGCGCCGGAUCGGGUCGUAAGCUGGGACGAGAAGAUGAGGAAGCGCGGCCUCGUCACGCGCGAGCUACUCACCACGGAGCGGGCGUUUGUCGAGUCCCUGCGCAUACUGCAGGACUCCUUCUAUCAGCCCUUGAUGUGCCGCUGCGGGCCAAAGGGAUCGCCUAACCUGAGCAGCAGCGCGCCCGCCGGCGACCCGAUUCUUUCGAGAAAGGCCAUCGCCGAGAUUUUCAGCAACUUUGCCGACAUUCUGCGACUCAAUACCGAGCUACUGCAGCGUCUUGAGGAGCGUUUGGGAGGACAAGAGGGGGGCGAGGAGUCUCAGUCAAUAAGCGCAGGCACGUCGACGGCGUUCCCCUCAACGAGCUCGCGACGCUCCACCUGGGACGCCGAGCUGGAUUGCGUGGGCGACAUCUUGGUCCCCAUUGCGCCAUUCCUCAAGAUGUAUUCCCUUUACGUUAAGAACUUCUCCUCCGCCCUAGCUCGCAUAGAGACGGAGCGACGGGAGAACGAGGCCUUCGCCAAGUUCCUGCGCGACACGGAGCGCUCUACGUGGGGGAGGGGUAAAGCCUUCUUCGGGCUGGGACUCCAGGCUCACCUCCUCACCGUCGUUCAACGCAUCCCGCGCUACACGCUGCUUGUGGGCGACCUGCUCAAGAGCACUCCACCCGGCCACCCGGACCACGCCGACAUCAAGCGCGCCUACGAAAUGGUGGAACGCGUCGCCUCGUCCAUCAAUGAGAAUGUGCGGCAACACGAGAUGGAUAUGCUCAUGCUCUCCCUGCAACGCUCCCUCACUGGCCUACCUGGCCCGCUCAUCGCACCCGGACGCAAGCUGCUCAAGCGCGGGGCUCUCCAAAAGGCGUGCAGGAAGGACGUGCAGCCGCGAGCGUUCUUCUUGUUCACGGAUUGUAUCAUCUAUGCGAGGCCAACCGGGGGCGGCGUGGCGGCAAUCGAGGCGACGUGGGGCGCCAUCGCGCGAGCGGCGGGCGGCGCAGAGAGUUCGCACGCAUCAGCAGCAGAGUCUCUCCCGCCUCGCACUCGCGUAUCCUCCGGCGCCCUCUUCUCCAGCACUGCGCUACUCGACGUGCUGCAGCCGGCAAAUACGCACUUGCAGCUGCAGUUUCGCGAAAAGUAUCCGCUCCAAGACGUCACUGUCAUCAGCAUCGAGGACGCCGCCGGGGCCGCCGCCGCCUCUACCUCCGCCUCGGCCUCCAUCGAUACGUCCUGGCCCUUUGAGCUGCGCACCCCGGACAAGUCUUUUGCCGUGUACGCGCCCAGCGCUCAGGUCCGACAGGAGUGGAUGGGGGCGAUUCGUGAGGCGCGCAACGAGUGGAUGCAGGCUAGGAGGACAUUGAGGACGGAGGAGGACUCGGUCGAUGCGAAGCGCGACAGGAGGAGAAGCGUGGCUGCAGCUGCAGCGGCUGCCAAAGCCAGGCAAAGUGUGUACAGCAUGGCCCUGCCCAAUCCUUCCAUACCAGAAGGGAUCGAGGGGUGCGAUAUCACGCUGCGGGAGCCUACCGCGGGGACGGAGACGCCCCUCUUGCCCCUCGACGUAGCAGCCUUGCGUCGUCCCUCCCUUACGGCUCGCUCCUCGCUCCCCUCUACGACGUCCUUCGCCUCCCUUCUCCCCGUCGCUGCCUCCACCGCCACGCCCAGUAGCGCUCUCCGCGUCCUCGAGGAUUACAACGCCCCUGCGUGGGUCCCUGACUCCCGUGCCGACCGCUGCAUGGCGUGCUCCGAACCUUUCAACCUGUGGCGACGAAAGCACCACUGCCGCCUCUGUGGGCGCGUAGUCUGCUACUCGUGCAGCAUGCAGCGAUUCGUCAUCGCGAGCUACGAGGACGGCAAAGAGGACACGGUGGCGCGCGCCUGCGAUAGUUGCUACGAAGCGGCCUUCCCCGAGGAAGAGGAGGAGGAGGAUAGGCAAGUCGAGGGCGGAGGCGGAGCCGAUGACGCAGAGGACUCAGUUGGGCCUCCCAGCUCGGGGGAGACGAGGUUCAGCUUCCCGCGAGCGGGCGACGCAAGCGCGAGCGGCAGUGCGGACGGGCAUGCGGCAACCAUUGAGCAGUUGCAGACGGGAAGCGACGCUACGGUCGUUCCUGCGCGAGACAGCGGCAAGGAAGGAGAAGAAGGCGAAGUGCUACCACACGCUCUACAGUGUCUCGCGCUCGGCGAGACGGCCAAGCAUAACCGGUCCGCGCAAGCAGAGGAGGACGGUGAUGGCGAUGGCGAUGGCGAUGGCGACGCGCCUCUCCCUUUCCCCUCCAAGCGCGCAGUGAACUCGCCACCGCCCUCUCGCCCGCGCACGACCAUCUACGACUUCCCGCCCUCAGCCUCGUCUUCCGCCCUCUCCCCGCCCUCGGCCGCAAGAAUAAUGAUCGCUCAAUCCCACACGUCCCACUCCCUCUCGCACCCCACCUCCCUCCUCAUGCCACCAGUCCAAGCGGCCACCUCUGGUCAGGGCACCUUCCGCCUCUCUGCGCCACGCAUCACCACGCCAGAUGCAACCUCGGAGCGGGGCCCUUCGUCCGCGGCCUGCACGCCAAUCGACGCAGCGAUAUCGGGCGACCCGGCCUGGUAUGGGUGCAAUGUUGCCGCGAGCAGCUCGAGGCGCAGUCUUGCUCUCGAGGGGCAAGCCGGAGCAGGAGCAGGAGCGGUGGGGGAGAGUGGAGAUUACUUUGGGCCCGUGGGUCACACCUACUCUACGGACGAGCACGCCGCUUCGACGCCUACGCCGGAGCAGCAGGCGGCGAUUAAGGCGCGAGGCAGGAAGAAGCCCCUCGUCAGCGCCGCGGCUAGACUGAGCGCGUAUUAUGGCAAGGCGACGGCGGGUGGACGAGUAGGAGGCGGCGCGGCUGCCUCGGGUUCGCCGGCUAGUGCGGCUAGCCCGUUGAGGAAGGCUUCUGGUUGAGUAGGGGCAGAAGGAGGGUGAGACUUCCCACGAUUGGUGACCGCUGCCCUUUACGACGAUGACGACGACGACGACGCGGCAGGCACAUGACCAUGACGACCCCUACGCUAUUCCACUUCCGUACCACCAUACUACGACGAGGACAGGACUGGCUUCCUUCUCCUCCUUCUCUCCCCUUCUCCCCUCCUCAGCUCAUCCACCUUUUCGUUUCCUCUCUUUUUUCGACUUCACCUUACCCCUUUCGGACUCGUUCGCUUUCCUACUUCUGCUCUUUCGCACGCACGUACCCGACUCGAAUUCAACCAUGCUGUUGCUCGAUAAUGCAUUUAAUACAUACGAUUGAUCGAUCG